AGGAUCUGAGGGGUUGGAACGUAAGCUAUUUGUCAUUUUUCUUGCUUGUAGUGCGAAGGUUGGGCCUGUCUUUUGCUGUUCGUCGUUAGCAUCGCUAAGCAAGCCAGCGCUUCGUGUUUCAAUCAUUUCUGCGUUGACAAAGCAGUUACAGUUGCCUUAAUAAAACACCACGUUAAGACAUUUGACAUUUAGACUGUUAAAAGAUGAGUGAUCGACGAUCAAGACGUGGUGGCGACGAUGAUGACGACUUGGCCAAACAACGUGAAAAACGUAGAUUAGAACGUGAAGAACGGAGAAGCCAGCGUGAAGCUGAAGCUAAUCAGGCGGAUGCUGAACGGCAAAAAGCCAGAGAAGAAAGACGCAAGAAGAGAGAGUCUGGUGAUGACGCGGGUUCUGCAAAAUCACGCCGCCAAGAAGAAGAUGAUAAAAAGGCGAAGCAAGAACAAGAACGAAGAAAAAAAGAGGAAGAUGCAAGGAAACAACGGGAACAGGAGGAGGAAGAAGAAGAAGAAGAGGAAGAACAAGCUCCACCUGCCAAGGGAGGUGAUAAGACUGACGGUCCCAAAACUGCAUUUGGAAAGAUUGAUGAUGAUCGAAAACGUCGAAUCAUUGACUCUCUGAUUGAUCGUCUGUACGAACUCGCCGAGGAGAGGGAUGCAAAGAACAAACCUGAUGCAAAGACCGCUACAUCCGGGGCAUCAACUGCUGACAUCAGCUCACUCGAUCUCAAAGUGCGCUCAUUGCGCACGCGCCUACGCAACGCCGAAAAUGCUACGGAGAACUUAGCGAAACAGCAGAGAGAUGUUGAAAUGAAAAUUAAAAUGAAUCAUCAAGAGGUGGAACGACUUCGUAAAGAAUAUGGAGUCGCUGAAGCCGAGUAUAACGAAGCCAUUAAGAAUGGUGCUGUUGUGCCCGAGGCGCCUAAACGCGGACGAGGUGCGGGCGCUGGAAAAGGCGCAGGCUUCUUUGAUGUGGUUAAGAAAGCGCAAUCGUCUCUCUGGGAAGACAAGUUCCGUGCUUUCAAGGAAAAGCAACGCGAAUCUGCAGCGAACCAACCAAAUUGGGUUAAUAACUUACGAAAGAGUGAUAAUAUCAUUGGAACAACUGUCAUGAAGCGUGAGGAUCCUGAAAAGAAGAAGGAAAAAGCAGCUUGGCAAAACCAACCAAAACUUCACAAAGCCGUCAUUGAUCCACGUGCCAAGAAGGAAGCAGAGCCCGCGGGCGCCAAGAAACCCGCAUGGUCAGGUGUUUCCUUGAAAAAGGCCGAAAAGAAAUAGACUGCAAACAAACGUUUUGAUUUUGAAAUCUUUUACUUUUAAAGUGAUAUAAGCCAUAACUUUGGUACAAGAAUCUAUGUACUUUGAAUAAUAAAAAUGAGGAAAAUA